AGACAGGCUGUUCUGAGACUGGAUUCUCCCUCAACACCCCCCUUGCUCAAAGCUGAGUGGACAGAAGCGGAUGGUGGGAGGGGAGAGGAGAGAAGAGAGCGAGAAGGGAGAGAGGGAAAGGGGCAGUGGAGGGAACAAGGACGUUUCUGUUCCUUUUCCAGGGACCUGGCCAGAGCUGGGUGGAGGGAAAGUGUGUGGGGGGGAGACUUGGCAUGAAAUGACCAAUGAUGAUGAGAAGUGACCAGGAAAUUCCAUUCCCCAGGACACAGGACAUAAGGGUCUCUGAAACUUGGGGGUGGGGUCAGCAUGAGGAGAAGACUGGGCAGGGUGAAGGUGGUGGUGGUGAGGGAGGAGGGGAACAAGGCCCGGAAAGGAAGUAAGGGUGAUUGGCUGCCACUCUCCUUUAAAAUAUCUAGAGAAAAGUGGGUUGAGGAAAAACGAAGUCCUGAACCCACUACCCACCCCUCAGUGAAGGGGAAGGGGCAGGGUAAACAGCAGGAGGGAUCAGGAUUAGACGCUAUAAGGCCAUAUCCUGACAGCCAAGUAGUGCUGAGAACUGGGCCCGAGUCCCAAAAAGGAAGGGUGAAAUACAGAGCUGGGAGAGACACCAAGGUCAUAAUGGGGCUUAAGAGCUUUAAAACUACUGGGGAGUGAGCAGGAGAACGGCCGGGAGAAAGGUUCCAGGGAGGAAGGAUGUACAGAGGCAGUUCCCUGGUCCUGUUCGAGCCCCAAACCGGUUCUCCCGGUCCCGCUGCCUCCAGCCCCAAGGCCUCCAACCCGCUGCCUGACAAGCCUUCACAAGAAGCAGCUGGAGAGAAAGAGAAUUGAGAGAAUGGAGUGGGCAAUCCUGGCUAUGCGCCCAGGGCUGCAGCUGGUCCCCGGUGGAGACCUCCAGACGUGGAGGGCUGCUGCGGGGCUCGGGCUCUAGAGAAGUGGGGGUGGACCCCACGUUUCAGUCAAGUGACAGGCAUUUGCCCCAGGACCAACGUGCCCUUCCCCAGGAAAGGUCUUGUAGAGGCUUAAGAGGAAACAGAGCUAGGCCUAACCUCUCCCUCCCCAGUAUAUUCAGUCACAUAGACUCCAUUUCUGCCCACCCCCCAAAUCUACCCAGAAACUCUCUGCCCUUCCCAAGGUUGAACUGGGAUUGAGACUUCUCUGUAAAUCUUUCGGACUUUGUCACUGUCUUCCGUGGCUGCCUGGCUCUGAUUUAGACCUUCCCGGACCAGCUCUGCUUCAGUUUGUUGGCACACGCCCCACCGAGGUCGGGGGAGGCUGAGCAGACUGACUCAGUCACUGAAGAGAGAGGGAGAAGACAAAGCCGUCAAAGCCCCAGUCGCUCUUUUUCUCCAGCCCAGAGCAGACAGCGGAGCCCUGAGGAAGUUAUGAGGGACCCUGUGAGUAGCCAGUACAGCUCCUUUCUUUUCUGGAGGAUGCCCAUUCCAGAACUGGAUCUGUCGGAGCUGGAAGGCCUGGGUCUGUCAGAUACACCCACCUACAAGAUCAAGGACAGCAGCGUUGGCAAAAUGACCGGGCAAGCAACUGGAGCAGAACAGGAGAAAAGCCCUGACGGCGAUGCCCUCCUUGAGUACAGCACCUUCAACUUUUGGAGAGCGCCCAUUGCCAGCAUCCACUCCUUCGAAUUGGACUUGCUCUAAGCCCAAGACCUCUCCCGCCACCUUGCCCUCAUUGUCUGCCCUUUCAAGCCCCUUACUUUCCACACUUUUCCCCUAUUAAUCUUGCUCUCUCCCCUCUAUUGUGUUGAGGUGGUGCUGAUGAAUCUGCCAGAAUUGUGGUUGGUUGGUUGGUCGGUUUAUUUAUUUAUUUAUUUAUUUACUUACUAACUUAUUUAUUUAUUUAUUUAUUUAUUUAUUUAUUUAUUUAUUUAUUUAUUUAUUUAUUUAUUUAUUAUCUGUCUAUCAGUUUCUCUCAAAAGCCUAUCUAUCUUUUUUUCUUUCCUAUCAGUUUCUCUCAGAAGCCCUCAAGCCACAAAGUAAAGGGUUCAAGCAAUGGAGUAUUGGAUCACAGGGAGUCCUCCUUUCCCUCCUCCAGAUGUUAAUUCCAGAAAACAGGCCUGGUGAGGGCACCCGAGAGCAGUAUAGUAGUGAAAAUGGAGGACUGAUUUUUUUUACUUCUUUUUGAACAGCUUCAGAGAUUGCUCAAACCUUCCUAAUUUCUUGCUCCAGGCUUGUGAACAAAUAUUUCUUCAAGGGUUGGUGAAAACCUUGUAGUUUUUAAUUUGAGAUUAUCUGCUACAAGACUGUGGGAUACUGUAGGAUUUCUAAAAUGCUAAGGUGAUAAGACUCAUUUUUUUAAUUCUACUUCUUGUAAUACACUUUUUCUCAGAGAAAGGGGUAGUUCAAGGUAUAAAACAAGAGGAAAUAAUACAUCAUGGGAAAUGACAAUAAAGGAAAGCAUUGAAUGUCAGAAAUAGGCACCCUCUCUCACAAAAGUGUUCCUUCUUCAAGCCUACUCACUUUACAAAUUUUCUUCUGUGGGUUGAAAACUCUAGCAGAGGAAAAUCACUCGGAUUUCAAAUAUUAAGAUGCAGUCUUGCUGACUAUUAUGAUAAUUUGUAAGGUUUUAUUCAGUUUUUAAAAAGCAUAGGAUUUGGUUGUAGUGUUUUAGUUUUGCCCUCCUGCAUUUGCAGUGUAGAAUACUAAUCAAUGGGCCUCAGGCACAUUUCCUCAGCUACCUUGAAACCAGAGAAAUGAACAAUCACACUGACCCUACACCUUGUCCCCAGUCCUUCCAAAAUUACUGCUGCUGAUUUGUGCUGCCAUUUAAUCACUUCUUUAAUAAAGACAUUCAAUCCCA